AUGGAAGACAAAUCGAAUUCCUUCUCCAGCAACAAGGAGGAAAAGGCUGACGGGAAUAAUGUUUUUCAGAGGCAAGACUCGAUACAGAAAAACAACACGGGGAGCCAGAACACGAAGGAGCACGCCAACUCGGUGGGCUUCAAGGGGGAGCGUGAAGAGGCCAUGGUCGGGUUUGACGAUCUGGACGGGGAAGCAAGGCAACAUGGUUUUAUGCAGAGACAAUUUGGGGCCAUGAUGCAGCCCGGAGUGAAUAAGUUCUCCUUGCGUAUGUUCGGCAGUCAGAAAGCCGUGGAGAAAGAGCAGGAGAGGGUUCAAACGGCCGGAUACUGGAUCAUUCAUCCAUAUAGCGAUUUUAGGUUCUACUGGGACUUGAUAAUGCUCAUCAUGAUGAUGGGGAAUCUAAUCAUCAUUCCUGUGGGAAUAACCUUCUUCUCAGAGCAGACCACCACCACCUGGCUGGUCUUCAAUGUGGCCUCGGACACCAUCUUCCUGGUGGACCUGGUCAUGAACUUCAGAACGGGGAUCGUCAACGAGGAAAGCUCAGAGAUCAUCCUCGACCCCAAGGUCAUCAAGAUGAAUUACCUGAAGAGCUGGUUCGUAGUGGACUUCCUCUCAUCCAUUCCAGUGGAUUAUAUAUUUUUAAUAGUGGAGAAAGGCUUUGACUCGGAGGUAUAUAAAACAGCUCGUGCCCUGCGAAUCGUCCGUUUCACCAAGAUCCUCAGUCUCCUGCGUCUGUUGAGACUGUCCCGACUCAUCAGAUACAUACAUCAGUGGGAGGAGAUUUUCCAUAUGACCUAUGACCUGGCUAGUGCAGUGGUAAGAAUAUUUAAUUUGAUAGGGAUGAUGCUGCUUCUGUGUCACUGGGAUGGCUGCCUCCAGUAUCUGGUGCCUCUCCUCCAAGACUUCCCCCCUGACUGUUGGGUGUCCCUAAACGGUAUGGUUAACGUGUCCUGGGGUAAGCAGUACUCCUAUGCCCUCUUCAAAGCCAUGAGCCACAUGCUGUGCAUCGGGUAUGGUGCCCGGGCACCCGUCAGCAUGUCUGACCUGUGGAUCACCAUGCUGAGUAUGAUUGUAGGAGCCACGUGCUACGCCAUGUUCGUGGGCCACGCUACAGCUCUAAUUCAAUCUCUGGAUUCCUCACGAAGGCAAUACCAAGAGAAGUACAAGCAAGUGGAGCAAUACAUGUCCUUCCACAAGCUUCCAGCAGACAUGCGGCAGAAAAUCCACGACUACUACGAGCAUCGCUACCAAGGCAAAAUCUUUGACGAGGACAACAUCCUGAGUGAACUCAACGACCCUCUCAAAGAGGAAAUUGUCAACUUCAAUUGCCGCAAGCUUGUGGCCACCAUGCCUUUGUUCGCCAACGCGGACCCCAACUUUGUGACGGGGAUGCUGAGCAAGUUGAAGUUUGAGGUCUUUCAACCCAACGACUACAUUAUCCGAGAGGGCACUGUCGGGAAGAAGAUGUACUUUAUUCAGCAUGGUGUGGCAAGCGUCAUCACCAAGUUCAGCAAGGAGAUGAAGCUGACUGAUGGAUCCUACUUUGGAGAGAUCUGUCUGCUCACCAAGGGCAGACGAACGGCGAGCGUGCGUGCGGACACCUACUGUCGACUCUUCUCCCUCUCUGUUGAUCAUUUCAACGAGGUGCUGGAGGAGUACCCCAUGAUGCGGCGCGCUUUCGAAACGGUCGCCAUUGACCGAUUGGACCGCAUCGGGAAGAAGAACUCCUUGCUGCUGCAGAAGUUUCAGAAGGAUCUGAACGCCGGCGUUUUCAACACGCAGGAGAACGAGAUAUUGAAGCAGAUCAUUCGUCAGGACAGGGAGAUGGUGAUGAUGGUGGACCGCAAGCAGUCAGUCACCGGGAUGAACUCAACGCCAAUGUCCGGAAACUCCAUCAUUAACUCACCAGCCCAGCCUCCCUUCCCCAUUGCCUUCGGCACCAGUCAGCUCCAGCAGUCCUCUGUUCCCCUGACCUACAGUGCUUCAGCUAUUGCCAAUGCCUCUGCUGCCCGCAUGCUGCCAGCUGCUGCUGCUGCUGCUGCUGCGGCGCAGGGGAUGUACCCUGUUCCCAGUCUUUCCCACGGCAGCCUGAAUUCCUCCUCGAUCAACGCACAGAUCCCACUCCAGCAGCAGGGAGCGAUCAUGUCGCCCUGCUCCUUCACGGCUGCUAUGUGCAGUCCGCCCGUGCAGACCCCUCUGGCUAACCGGAGCUUCCAGUACGGCUCGCGCACAGCCUCCCAGCUGUCGCUCAUCCAGCAGCCCAUCGGUCAACCGUCCCUCUCCACACAGCAGCAGCUCGGCCAGCAGCCCGUCGCGUCGGCUGCGGCCGCGGCCUCCUCGACGCAGCAGCCGUCACCUCUGCAACAGCGGGUCCCUUCUCCUCAGCGGGGAGACGUCCACAAGAGCACACAGGCUCUGCAGUCGGGCAGCUUGAGUCGAGAUGUCAGACAUUUAUCGGCCUCCCAACCGUCUUUGCCACACGACACAUCUCUGGUGCCCCGAGUGCACCCCGCCUCAGGAGACUCUCUGGCCUCCAUCGCGCCACCAACGGCGGCGGCGGCGGCGAUCCAGGGAAUGAGUCUGCAGAGUGGCAUCCGCACCACAGUGCCCCAGCGGGUCAAUUUAUUCCGGCAGAUGUCGUCAGGAGCUUUGCCCCCGGUGCGCUCGGCGGCGGCGGCAGCAGCAACGGCGGCGGCGGUGGCAGCAGCAUCAUCAUCAUCAUCCUCAUCCUCAACCCAGCACAGGGAAUCCCCCGGAUCGAGGAGAGAUUCUGUCCUGAGCAGUACAGAGAUUGAGCAAGACAAAAUGCGUUUUGCAUCAAAUUUAUGA